AGUAGCAAGCCUCUCUCUCUCUCCCAUAGUAGUUUUAACACAGUACAGAGUGCCCAAAAAUUUGUGAUUCUUUUGCUUUUUCACUGCGCUGUGUAUCUCUUGUGUGCUGUGUGUACUACUCACAGAAAAAGGUGCUGUUUUCAGGGUUUAACAAGUUUUGAACUGUCUUAUUUUUCGAAAACUUCGACGAUUUCAAAAGAUGCCACGUGCUAAGGCUGAUGCUAACAAACCCCGUGGCCGCAUGACGGCCUAUGCUUUCUUCGUCCAGACGUGCCGCGAAGAGCACAAGAAAAAGCACCCUGAUGAGAAUGUUGUCUUCUCUGAAUUCUCCAAGAAGUGUGCUGAGCGAUGGAAGACAAUGAGUGAUAAGGAGAAGAAAAGGUUCCAGGAAAUGGCUGAGCGUGACAAGGUCCGCUUUGAUGAUGAAAUGAGGCACUAUGAACCUGCUGACAAAGGUGCUGGUAGAGGCCGUAAACGCAAGCAAGUCAAGGACCCAAAUGCUCCCAAGCGCUCACUCUCAGCAUUCUUUUGGUUUUGCAAUGAUGAACGUGGCAAUGUAAAAGCUGCUCACCCUGAAUACACUGUUGGAGAUAUCGCCAAAGAUCUUGGCAGACAGUGGGGAGAGGUUGAUGAGUCUACAAAGUCAAAGUACGAGGCCAUGGCUGAAAAGGAUAAAGCUCGCUACGAGAGGGAAAACAACGCCUACAAGAAGAAAUUGAAGGGUGAAGCCGAAGAAGAUGAUGAUGAAGACGAUGACGAUGAUGACGAGUAAACAUCUUCGUUUGACUUACCUCUGUUUUUUCCUCCCUCAAUCUCCCGGCUCCUUUUCAAUCCCCCUCGUAUUUUUUUUUUUUACUCCAGUUAGACAUGUGUUCGCCAGAGUAUCUUCAUGUUUGUUUUAUUUUCAUCUUCAUCGUAUCAUCCUCAUUCCUUCCUCCCCAAAACUGCUGACUGGUGUACAUAUCGAGGAAGACAAGACACACAACAGAAAAUCGCUCGCAGCUCCUACUACUCCCUUACCUACCCUUAUAUUUUGAAAAGUUCUUGCAAUAGCAGCCGUUUCAUUCCGUCAAAUCGAAGUGAACAUCACCCAUUUUCGUUAAGGGGUUUCUCUUUUCCCCUUCUCACACCUGUUUGUUUUGGUACAUUCAUUAUCGAUUGGAUUGAAAGGCGUGAAACAAGAUCAUCUCUUAAACUGAGUUCUUUUUACAUCGGAAUCCCCAUCUCCUCUCGAAUAUGUUCACCAAGGAAGCUGGUUAUAAUAUCUAACAUUUUCUCCAACAUUUUCAUGUGGCGUUCUGUUUCGUACUUCCACGUCCCAAAACAUCAUUUUGAAAAAACGAUAAAAAACAAGCAAUGAAUACACAUCCCAUCUUUCCAUGUUUCAA